AUGGUCAUUCGAUCCCCCUCCUCAAUUGACCAUCUCGUCGCUCGGCUCCCAGCCUGGGACGAGACCGUUGAGAAGGAAGCCACUGCAGUGAUCGAGGAGGCUACUGAGAAUGGUAAACUGAUAACUAAUGAUCCCUGGAAUAAGAAACAAUGGAAGGAGACCAAACGGCCUAUAAACUGUGCUAGGAUUGAACAUCUCAGUAGUCUUCCACGAGAGGAACGCGAGAGAGUCGGUGUUGCUAUUACUACUGCUACGAGCAAGCUGAUGAUAGAGCACAGCCACAGGUGUGCGGAAUGCGCCAUGAAGAAAAAGCUUUGCGUGUGUGAUGAGCUCCGCUCCAUGCGGCCCAUGGAGGAUGAGCGGCUGAAUCUCAAUUUCGAAAUUGCGGUUUACAUGCAUGCCAAAGAACGCUAUAGGGCGUCGAAUACUGGGAAGGUUUUGGAGAAGCUCUACGAUGCCAGAAUUUACGUGGAUUCAGUAGUGGAGGACAUGCAGGCUUUGCAGGAAGCAAUAGAUGCGCACAAGUCCAGGUGUUGCGUGUUGUUCCCCUCAACUGAAUCCAAAACGGUUGAAGAGCUCCGUUCUGAGGGUGAAGCGUCUCAGGCCGCCCACUGUGAGGGAAAUGAGAAGCUUUUGAUCAUCCUAGUGGACGGGACUUGGAAGCAAGCCAAGAGACUACAAAAGCGUAUAGACCACUCGGUGCCUCGUGUGCGACUCAUGCCUACCACCCUUUCUCGGUUUCUAUGCAGGACUCAGAGUCAAGCGGAUAGGGUAUGUACAGUAGAAGCUGCGGCACUCUUAGUCUCUGAGCUGGGGUAUCCUACCGAAGAGCACAGACUUCUAAUGGGCCUUGAGGUUGUCGUACGAGCAUUCAACUUGCAGACAUUCGGCACUCCGUAUCGGCCAGAUGACCGGCACAAGCGACGUAAGCCCCAUCUGUGUGCUUCGUACCCCUCUCUUCCCCCUCGACCAGCGUCGUUGAAGGAUAUAGAUCAACGGGCCACGCAAGCCUCAUUCAUAAGCCAGCAUAGCGAGACCUCUAGCUCAGAUAUGUUACUACCGAUUAUUCUCGCUACGGGGAGUUUCCGAGUUCUGACGUAUUGCGAUACGUGCAUUGUGUUGAGGAAGGAAGCGCAUAGGCAGUUGACUCUUGAUUUACCAAUGGCUCGUGGUGGUCGCAACAGACGGAAAAGCACCGGCUAUCAGCAGGAGCAAGGCGAGGAUAGUGCUAGGAAUGCGGGGGAUGAUACUGUUGUCACAACGCCCAGGAGGAGCGAACAAGGCCCUCCACCUCGCAGCUAUGCAGAGAGGGAAAAGGCUAAAGAUCUGACAAGUUACCUACGGUCUGUAGGGGAGGUGCUCAAGCUAGGGGAAGGGAGUUCUGGAGAGCCCCUAGCUGAGGUUACUGCCAAUCUCCCGAUGAUUGCUGCUGUGAUUGAGGAGCUGAAAGGCCAAGAGGGGCUCUUGCUUCAGGAUCAAGCUGGCAGUAAACACCUCCAAAGACUGGUGCGGUUCUUGAAGAAUAACAACCUUGGGGAGGAGCUUAUAGAUAUGUGCUCAAGAUUGUUGGACAAAACUGAUAUGUACUACGAUCAAUACGGCAGCCAUGUUGUUCAGGAGGCGGUCGCAUGUCUAGUUACUCAAUUGGAUAAUGAGCAGGUGCGUUCUAUGUUGAAGACUCUGGUAGCCUACAUUGUUGAGAACUUCUCUGACAUGGUUUGGGAUGCUUGUGCGACUCACAUUAUACGCUCCCUAGCUCUAACUCUGGCUGGGUAUAUUCAGCCAUCUACGAGCUCCAAUAAGAAGAAAAAGAAGAGGCAACAGCAACAGAAUGCUGCGGCUAGCGGUCGGGAAACGGCACUCACUUUGCCGGCUCAUAAACUCGAGAAAUCUGUUCCCUCUUACUGCUCCAAAUUGCUCGCCAAGCUUUGUGGCUGCCUCUCGGGGUCCGAUACUGCUGACGAUGAGUCCCAGCAACAGCAGCAACUAUGUGAGCUCUGUGAGCAUCCUUCCUCUUCCGUUACUAUACAGCUUCUAGUGACGGUUGGCUCUCCUGAUGAAAGUGUCUUCAAGCAAAUACUUGGUGACUCCGACUCGAUACGGCAUCUGAUGCAAUCCGGACCGGGCUCGCGCUCAUUGGAGGUAUUUAUAUCUCGCUGUUCGAGUGAGCAGCCAGAAGUCUUCCACUCGGGUGUUAUGGGCUUUGUGAAACUCCUCACUGAAGAAGAUAUGACCAGCCUAUACGAGGGCGGUUUUGGACUUUACGUCCUGCAGGCGAUUAUCUCGAGCAUCCGUGAUCCACCACAUCUCCAUGAGCUGCUUAGUAAAGAGGGGCUUGUGGAGUUCCUUGUUGCUAAUGCAGCGACAUCACCACCUCACCUGGCAACCCUACAGAAACUUUGUGAGGCCUGUGCGCACGUCAAUGAGCACUACAAGCUCUUUGCUGACCGUUUUUUCGGUGCCCUCGGGAUUAAGGGGAGCGAGGCCUUCCCUAGAGCAUGGGGUGUUGUGCUUUCCCUCUCACAAGAUGAGUCAUCGCUCCCUCGAGCACCUCUGUCAUCAGGAGCAUGCAUUCUGGCCACCACGCUCCUCCUGCGCUUCCCAGCUAGGAGAGUGCAGCCUUUGGUCAGUGGUUUCGGCCCGCAGAUCCUGGCUGAUGCCAAGAAGUCGGAAGAAGAAUCAUCUGUCGUUGGAUACUGCACUGAUCGGGCUGGCGGGAGGCUCAUCGAGAGUUUUAUUGAUGAUUCCAACUCCCCUAUACCUCAAGGGCAGCGGAUGCAGUUCAUCCGUGCGUUGGUGAAGCACGAGGCUUUGAUCGAGAAGCUUGCCACACAGCCCUCUGCAGGGUCUUGGGUUUUGGCUAAGAUGUGGGAGAGCUCGAUCGCCGAUGCGGCAUUGCGCAAGACAAUGGCUGAACGCUUGGUGAAGAUCGAGGAGGAUAUCAAGGAGAAGAACAUGGUCCUAUGGAAACGACUCGGGCUCCAUGAGUUCAAGGUGGCCAAUGAGGAAUGGGAAGAGAAAAUGCAGAAACAAUCGCAAGCCAGAGAACUCUUUGAUGACAUUCUCAAUUUGGAUACGUCAACUGCUGGGGUUGAGACAAGCCACAAGAAACGAAAGGCCGAUGAGCAGAGUGAUGAUGAGGAAGAAGAGGACCAGGAAUCUGCAGAGAAAUCGAAGACCGCCAAGGAGGAGAAAGAUACUGCUGACCUUACGGAUGCCUUGGCGUUGUUGGGCAAGAAGAGGAAGACUGGGAGGUCCAAGGCACCAAAGAAGAAGAAAAGUAAACGACAAGAAUGAAGAACUUCGAAACUCACCGACGU